ACUUCGACGACAGCGCCGCGAGCGGCGGCCACGAGAGCCCAGAUAGCGCCGGCGCCGGCAGCGUUUCAGUCGUUCGCUCGCAAUAUGGCGGAGUGGGUUCAGCGCACGUCCCGUUCGACCCGUCUCCUCCGGGGAUGAGCAGGCCAUGAGCUGAAUGCAGCAUCAAACCAAGAAUCCCUGCUGCCUGCGGUUUCUGUACAAUCUACGACCGGAGCAACACGCUGAUUCCAACAUUUCGUGAUCAACCAAUAGUUCGAUGAGAGACCCCUCCUUCGGAAGCACCCUGCAGCCGUCGGCCAACGAGAAGAGGCUUCCCCGGAGGAUCUCGUGAAGGGACAGCGAGCGGGCGUGCCGCUUGGCCCCUGUCGAAGGGGGCCGUAGCGGCGUCCCUGCGGGGCUCAAACCGUCGCCCUGGUUGCGGCCGCCAUGAAGAGGGACGAGGACUCCGAGUCCGCGUCCCUGGUCGGCCGCGAGAACCCCGGAUCGUACACCGAGGAUGCCAGGCCCUCACCGGCCAUCCGGGAGACAGACUACGUCGACACCGACGUGCCACUCCUGUCGCAGUUCCACGAGGAUGCCAUUGCUCAGGCUGGAGAAGGCCUGUUCCAGUGGCUGGUAUUCCUGGUCUGCGGACUGGCGCUGGCCGCGGACUCGAUCGAGAUCAUGGUCAUCGCCUACGUGCUCCCGUCGGCCGAACGCGAGCUCUGUAUGGACGACACACGCAAAGGAUGGCUCGGAGGCGUGUCUUUUAUCGGCAUGAUGAUCGGCGGCCUGCUGUGGGGCAACCUGGCCGACAAGAUGGGUCGUCGGCGCACCUUGCUAUCGGCGCUGCUCACCAACGCGUUGUUCUCGGUCAUCACCACCUUUAUGCCCACGUACGGACUGUUCACCGUCACCAGGCUCUGCUCGGGCAUCGGUGUGGGCGGUUCCAUUCCCAUCGUAUUCACGUACUACGCCGAGUUCUUGCUGAAGAAACAUCGUGGCCGCAACCUCUGCUGGUUACUGCUCUUCUGGGCCAUCGGCGGCGUCUUCACGUCCGUCAUGGCCUGGGGACUCAUACCCAGAACAGGGGCCACCCUUCUCGGGCUGGGCAGGCUUCACUUCAGCAGCUGGCGGGUCUUUCUGCUGGUCUGCUCGUUCCCGGCCGUCGUCUCUGUGCUGGGUCUCGCCUUCCUUCCCGAGAGCCCCCGCUUCCUCCUCGAGAUGGGCCGUGACGUGGAGGCCAUGUGCGUUUACCAGCAAAUAUUUAAAAUGAACCACAGCAACAAACCCGGAGUGGAAUAUCAGCUCUCCGAACUGGAGUUGCCAGGGCGCAGAGCAUUCCACGGAAUUCCUCCCGCUGUCAACAGAACCAUGCUGUCCGACCUGUGUUUCUCUUUGGAAAGCUUCUGGGGCUCGUUCUUCCAGAUGAUCUGCUCUCCAUUCACCAAGGUUACUCUGGUUCUUCUCCUUAUCUGGCUCACAACGUCAUUCGGGUUCUACGGCGCGGGCAUCUGGUUUCCGGAGUACCUGCGCAAGAUCCAGGCGGACAGCUACAGCGCCGAUGCGACCAUCGAGGCGAACCACUUCAUCCGCGACUACGUCUUCAACUACUCACUCGACAACACAAACUUCGAAGGAUGCGUCUUUCACAAUGUCCGCUUCACGGGCGUCGUGCUCAACCACGUGCUCUUCACCAACUGCUCCUUCAUAAACAGCACGUUUAGCGACGUUCGUUCGAGCCGCAGCUUCUUCGAGCACUGUGACUUCCGGCGCGUGCGCUUCGUGGACACGGACUUCUACGACUUUCGGUUCCGCGACUGCGCCUUCCACAACAGCACCACUUUCCUGAACCGGCGCACUGGCUGCCCCAUCGACUUCGACGUAAACUUCCGCCUGUCGGACGUGUUCAUCGAGAACCUGUUCGCGCAGCUGGCCAUCAUUCCGGGAAACAUCAUCUCCUCCUGCAUCAUCGACAGGAUUGGUCGCGUACGCACCUUAGGAAUCUCUCUGUUUCUCUCAAGUGCGAGCAUCCUGCUCGUGUGGCUGUCAGUGGCACGGUCCUCUGUGAUCACAUUCCAAGCCAUCUUCAACUUCGUCUCCAUUUCAGCGUGGAACGCCGUAGACGUCGCAACCACAGAGUCCUAUCCAGCGACACUCAGAAGCACGGCGUACGGCUUCCUGAGCGCGGCCAGCCGAUUGGCGGCUCUCUUGGGCAGCCUGACCUUCGGCCACUUCAUCAGCAUGAGCCGCUCAGUGCCCAUCGUGACGACCGCCGCCGUACUGCUGGUCGGUUGCCUGGCAUCGUUGCGCUUGCCCGAGACCAGGGACGUGCUCAUGUGAGCGCCCUGUCGCACCUUCCAAGACCGUGCCGGGACUCCACCCACGAUGAUGAGAAGUCAAAGUAUGCGCCCGCAGCGCCUUCCAAUAGGCCCUGCAACCGCCAAGCCACGUCCACCGAAGACCGUGCAAGCGACGCAUGAACCUGGCUUAUGAUCUGUCCAGGAGGGACGCUUGUGUUGUCUAGUCGACAAACCUGAAGAGAACGCGACUCUAGCCAUAUACGCGACGACAGUACCGCCACCGUGAUACAGCGUCUCAGAAAAAGCGCAUUCGGUUCGCUUUCUUUGGUACAAUUAUUUAUCGAUUUCUCUAAUCCUCAUUUGCACGUACCUAGCUUGCCCAUACUGCGUCGCUAUACGGUUUUUUGUCGGACUACAGACCCUCGAGCUUGACGUCGAGAGUGGGAUACCAAAUGAACAUUCCCUUUCCACACGGAUCCGUCUGGCACCGAGACCGGAAGCAUGGCACCAAUGACUGCGUGAUGAAGCUCUCUGGCGUGUACGCCUUGACGCCGCGUGGUUGUAGAGACCAUGUAGUGAUCGGCUCUGUCUUGUGAAGAAGCGCGGUUUAAUUAGAGCGAUUCAAUCUGUGAUCCUCGGGCCGUCGUGCAGACCUUUCGCCGAGGCGAUAGGUUUUCUCGAGCGUAGAUUGUAAGAUGCAAUGCUAAUCAGUCGGUUGCGUUCCUCCGCUGCUGUAACAGGAUCAGAAGCCGCGCUUUUCGUCACUUGGCGUACUGUAGUGGUGACGGCGCAGCCAAAUGCGGCUUACGCCGUUGUCUUACCACUUGCAGAUUUGUCCUCUGUAAUCUACUACAUUCGCUAUCUCCUUCCUGAUUUGAUGCUAAACGCAGACCGUCGUCAUUCCGCGAUCGCAGGAUGCUUUGUGAUGCACCCGUCUUGUGCUCCUGCGCGGUAUUUCAUACAGUACACGGCCCCGUAUGGCAGGCAUAGUACUUAAUUAUAUUAGGGUCAGUUCGGAAACGCGCUUACAGAAUUCCGCAGCGCUCGCACAGUGCUUUCGAAAAAGCGGACUAUCGGAUUUGCGCGCAAAAUAGCCUUUCUUCUUACUCUUUCAUCGUCAGGGCCGAGCAUUACCGUUGGGUGACUUGCGUCAUCCCCUGGACAAGGGCGUCCGCAGAACUUUUUCC